AUGUUUGAGGGUAUUGUUGCAUCGUUACUGAACAGAUACUUGGGCAAGUAUAUAGAAGAUUUGGACCUAGAAAACUUAAAUGUAGGCAUAUUCGGAGGGAAUGUUUUUCUAUCGAAUUUAAAGUUAAAAACUGAAGCUUUGUAUGAAUUUGGACUACCCAUAGAAGUGAAAGCUGGAUCAAUAGGAAAAUUCAAUGUGAACAUACCAUGGAAUGGACUUUCGAGCCAACCAGUAGUUAUAAAAAUCGAAGAAAUAUUCAUAGUCGCAGGGCAAGUUAUCGAUAGAGAAUGGGAUACGGAAUUGGAAAAACGUUUGGCGAGAGCUGCAAAGAAAAGAAUUUUAGAAAGUAUAGACAAUUUAUCAAUAUUUGGAAAUGGUUCGAUGGAAAAUGGAGGGUUUCUUGAAACACUUAUUACAACUGUUAUGAAUAAUUUGCAAAUAUAUAUCAGAGGUGUUCAUAUUCGAUUUGAAGAUACAGUGACUAAUAUAGAUUCACCAAGAGCUCUAGGCCUUUGUAUACAAUCAAUUUCACUGGAAACAACCAACAGCAAAUGGAAACCAAUUUUGUCACAGCAACAUGGGCAGACUUCAGUGUAUCAAAUUGUCAAAAUUGAUUCUGCUUCUUUUUAUUGUAAUACAAUGUGUUCAACUUUAUUGUAUUCUAAUAAAAGUAUGGUAUCAGAUUGGCAAGAUAUAAUGAGAUCAGGUCUAAAUAACUUUAAUAUAAAUGAAGAACCCUUAGAAUUUAUAUUGAAACCAGUUGUUUUAAAAAUAAAAAUUAUUGUCAACAAGUCGAAUGAAGUCAGAGUUCCUAAAUUACUUGUUGACUUUGUUCUUCAAGAUGCAGCUUUACAAAUGUCAAGGAAACAAUUUGUAGCACUGAUGGAAACUGUAGAGUUUAUGAAAUUAGCAGAGAUUAAUAGAUUAUAUCGAGAUAUUCGCCCUACAAAUACUGAUCUAAAAGAUAAUAAAAGUUGGUGGAUAUACGCCUAUAAAUGUGUUUUACGUCAGAGAGUUACAUUACUGUGGAGUAAAAUUAAAAAGCAUAGGAGGAAUUAUAAAAGUUACAUAAAUGUAUAUAAAAAAGUUCUUGUAAAUCCAAAUGAUACUGAAUUAAAAAUAGAUUUGCAAAUGCUUGAAGAUGAAUUGGAUAUUUUUAAUUUAGUUUUAGCAAGAGAACAUGCUAAAAUUGAGCUUUGUGAAGAGAAUCCAGAAAGUGUUACAAUUCAAGAAUCCCAGUCAAAAUGGUGGGGUCCAAUAAAUGCUAAGCCCAGGUAUCGUCUAUGUUUAACAUCUGAUAAAUCUAAAACAUUUUGGAAUUUACUUAGUCAAUCAGAAAAAGAUCGGCUUAAUGAUCUACUGUAUAAGACUGGUGGAUCAGAAACCCCUAAAUAUGAUAAACCUAAACAAUACAUAGAACAUAAGAUAAAUUUAACUAUAGCUAACUGUCUAGUUAGUUUAAUAAGUGGUUCUAACGAAUUAAUGGUUAUCACAAUUGGCCAUUUAAUGAGUAGUCUUGAAACUAGACCAUCUGCUAAAGCAUAUAAAAUAUCCACGAGAAUUGAAAGUAUAAAUGUUGAAGCUUCUGUUGAGUAUAGUCUGGUUCCAAUAAUAGAUACAUGUGCAAUGAGAGGAAAUUCCUCAAAAUAUUUUUUGAGUAUUGACUUUGAAAAAAAUCCACUUAAUUCAGAAGCAGAUUAUGGAUUGAAUGUUACAUCAGAAUCAAUGGAAGUUGUUUAUCAUGAAUUUGCCAUAUCUGCAUUACUGAGCUUCUUUUAUUAUAAUCAAAAAAUAAACAUUGAAUCUGUUAUUGAAAAGUUUUCUCAGAUAAUAUCUAAAACAUUUGUAAAACUAUUUAAUUCUAACAGACCAGAAUCCAAGUUUAGAAAAAUUCUAUUAAACAUUGAUCUUCAAUUACCAUAUGUUGUAAUUCCAGAAUUUGGCUCCAUUCAAAAGGGUGAAAAUUUAAUGGUGAUUGAUUUUGGUGGACUUAAAAUCAAAAGUGACUUACAACCAGAAACCAUUUGUUUAGAUGAUGUCACGCAAAUGGAAAUGGAAGAAAAAUUAUAUGAUCGAUACCAUAUUGAUAUUGAUGGGUUUCAAUUAAUAUUUUGUAAUUCAGAAAACGACUGGAGAAGUUUAAAAAAUCAAAUGGAUUCAUCAUUACACCUUUUGGGAAAGAGUGUUACACAAAUUGUCAUAUCGAAUAGCAUAAGACCAGAAUAUAAACAAUUAGCAAAAAGAAAAAUUAAUAUAUCCGUACAAAGUGUUAGGUUCAACUUAUCUGAUCAAAAGGUUAACUCCAUUUUAGAUUUUAUUGAAAAUACACCAAUACCUACAAACCAUGUUUCUUCAGCAACAUUAAAAAAACAUUAUAGUGAUGAUGAUGAAGUUUUUGCAUUAGAUAUGAUAAAUUUGCAUCAAAAGAUGGAUGAAUUACAAGAAUUGAAAUCUACUUUGGCAUUUUAUCAAAAAUUUAAAGGCAUUAGUACCAGAUCAACUGAGGAAAGAGCUGAAGUAAAAAAAGCAUUUAAGGCUGUGGACAAAAGAAGUAUUGUGUCAUCAGAAAUUAGUGAUGAGGAAUUCGCUGAACUCUGGGCCCGAACGGUUGAUUUACCAGGUUUUGAUGAUAAUGUGUCUCCAAAUAAUACCAUAACAUCUCUUUUUAGAUGUGUCAUGGGAGAAAUUUCUAUUAAUUUCCAUUAUUCAAAUGAUAAAUCAGAAAAUUAUUUUUUAAAUUUGACAUUUAAACGUUUUUGUUGUGAUUUGGCAAUUAUGGAGUAUGGGCCAGCUGUGCAAAUGUCAAUUGGAUCAAUUAUUCUAUCUGAUUUACAACAUGUUUGCAAAAGUGGUGAAUUUGUUCAAUUAUUUUCAAUAACAUCCGAUUGUUUAGUACAAGAAUCUACUAAUUUACUUUACAGAAAAGUAAGAGCUGAUUGUCCUGAUUUCAAAAGUCAUUUCCACAGUGUAGAAAAGUCUCUAGUAUUAGAUUUAAAUCAAGUAUCAUUUGUGUUUCAUAGGACUGCAUUUAUAAGAUUUUACAAAUAUAUACAAUUUAUUAUACAAAAAUUUUACAAUAGACAUAUUUUCUCAUCUUUAACAAUUGAAAAUAUUCAAAAUUAUAUAAACAAUUGUUUUUCUAACCACGAUCCACCUGUACCACAAGGAGCAACAAAGUUUAGUUAUUCUGCUAGAAUUUCAAAUUGUAAUAUAUUAAUUUGUGAUACUGGAUUAGAAUUUUUGGAUGUUAAGAUUGGUGGCUUAGAAAGUGAUUGCACGUUUAAAGCUAAUGAUCGGAUGGUAUUUAGAUUUUAUGUGAUGAAAAUGAGCAUUGAUGAUUUAUCUGAAAUUACUUUAUAUCCAAAGAUACUAUAUACAGAUGAAGAUAAGUUUUUGGAAUUCAAAUAUGUGCGCCAUAAUCCAAGACUUUACAAAACAAACAUUGAAGCACAGAAAGAUGAUGUUAAAUCAGAUGGAAGUAUUAAGUUGUACAUAGGACAAGUACAUAUAACAGUUUUAUGCAGUAUUUUAUUAGAUUUUCAAUAUUUCAUGGAUCCUAUUAUUUCUGAAGAACUUGUUGAUUUUGGUCGACGUUUACGUAAAGUUUUAUUCCCAUUUACUCCAGAUUUUCGAAAUGGAUGGAAAAGUAAAAUGCAUCUGUCGAUAUGUUUACAUUUUCCUGUAGUAUUAUUUCCUCAGAAUAUUACCUCUCCCAACGUUAUUUUAUGCAGUUUAGGAGAUCUUACAGUGGAAAACUUUUUUAAAGAGCAAUCAAAAAAAGAUUAUGACAAUUUAGAUAUUGUUGAUAAUAUUUUAGUUAAUUGGGAUGCAAUUAAUGUAUCUAGAGCAAUCAUGACAUUAGAUGGAACAGUCAUUACUCAAGAACCUAUGGUAGAACCUUUUGGAGUCCGCUUGAAUAUUAAAAGAAAUACUACAAACAAACUUUUAUAUUGGAUGAAUGGAGGAAUUGAUAAUGUUCAAAUUAAUUUGGGACAGAAAGAUUUUGCAACAUUUUUACAAGUUUGGGCAGACAAUUUUGAGUAUGGUCAUUGCAUUGAUGAAAUAUUGAGUAUGAUGAUGCCACACAUUUCUGGGAUUUUGGAAGAUCAAGAUUUAAAAAAAAUACAAGUGUUUUUCAAUCAUGAAACCUCUAUUCAUGAAAUCGAUUUCAAAUUUUCUAUAGACUGUGUCCAAAUUGCACUUUUUGCAAAUUCAGAUGAAAUAUUAAGUUCUCCAAUUAGAGAUAUAAAUCAUUCGUUGUGUAGAUUUGAUUUAGAUGAAAUAAAUAUUAAGAUAGAUAUGUUUUCAGACGAUAGAGUUAUUUUAAAUACUACAGUACAACGAUGUUUGUUAGAAGACACCAGGAGACAUAAUAAAUCUGAAAAAAUGAUUUUUGAACCUAUUGGUCCGUCAGAUUCAUCUAAUGAAGUACAUAUAUCUGUAUCAACUCCACCGUUAUUUGAUUUAUCUUUUGAAAAGACAUAUUCAGGUGAUAGAACAAUUCAUAUUCAUUUGGAUAAAACAAGAUUGAAUAUUUCUGUUCCAUUUGUUAUGGAAUUAACACAAUUUGUAUUUGACUCUUUACCAAUAAAAAGAAAAAAUACUGAUGGUAUUUUGGUAUCUCCAAUGGUUAAUAUAGAUGGUCAUAGGAAAUACCGAGAUGAAAAGCCAUCAGUAGACAGGAGACAAUUAAAUAUUGAAAAACAAUCAGCUUUAACUAUAUCUGUUCGUUUUGGUCGUCCUGAAAUAGCAAUUUUACCUCCUGGAAUAGAAGAACUAGAUAUUCGAGAUCAAGUACUUUUAUGUCGAACAGAGUUUCUUUUAGAUUAUAGCCGUCAUCCAGGACAUGAAGAGCGACUUGUUUGUUCAUUAUCAAAUUUUCAUAUUUUAGCUGCUUCAAAAAAAAGAAGAGCUGAGAAGAUGGUUUUACACCCAUGUGACAUAGAGUUUUCAAGAACUUUAAAAUCAGGAGACCAUGAUGCAAUUGAAAUUUUAAUUCGUUCUAGUCCAUUAAAUGUACAUUUAUCAACUAGUACAGUUCACAUUAUUCUUAAUGUCAUUGACUUUGUUGAAUUAAAUUAUGAUGAUCAUUUUGAUUUUGGUGGAUCAUCUUAUUGGGAAUUUAAAAACGAUGAUUUAUGGACUCCAAAAUCCAUAGUACCUAGUUAUGUACCUAACAAAUUGGUAUCUAAAGGAACAUUUUUUUCAUUUUUCCAAUCAAAGUUUUCUGAUACUAUGGAUGUGAAAUCAGAAAAUCUUGAACUCUAUGUACAAGAUAUAAAUGUAUCUUUAGAAAUAGAAGAACUAGAUUUAGAAGACAUUCCUAUGAUCAUGUUAAAAUCAUCACUAAAGGUUCAAGUAAAAGAUUGGUCAGAUCAGUUUCAUUUAAAUGGGAUUCUAAAUUUAAAAGCUUCAUACUAUAAUUGUAAUUUAAGUGUUUGGGAACCAUUUAUUGAGCCUUGGAAUAUUACAUUGAAAGGUUUCCUGGGUAAGUUCAAUUUAAAAAAUAUUGAUUUGGGUGAAAUGAUACAAUCUUCUCAUCAAUCUAUUGCGGAUGGUGAGAGUGAAAGUUCUGAUGACGAAAGUGAAGCUGAAAUGAAAUUUAUUAGAAAAACAGUGAAGUCAAGGGAAACUUCACUUGAAAAAUGGUACUCCGAUGAUUCAGAUUCAGAUCAAGAUACUGGAGUUAUGGAUAAAUUAGCUAAAGCUGUUACACAUUUAAUUUCUGAUGAAUUUAGUGAUGAUGACUUAACAAAUUCAGAUUCUAGUGAUGAAAGUGUAGUUGAACACGAAUCCAAAAAUAUUAUUCAAGAAAGGAUUUUAAAGAAAAAAAUUAGUGAAUCUAGUGAUUCUGGUUUAGAACAUGAUUCCGAAGAACUAGAAACAUCAACAUAUAUAAUUAUUGAAACAGAGAGACUAGAAGUAUCGUUUACUCCAGCUAAUAUAUCUGUUAUUGACACACUGAUAAAAUCAUUGUACAAUCCAAAAACUGAAGAUUGUGAUUCAACUGAAAGUUUUGUUCUUGUUAACGACUUGGCAGUGAGAUCUAUUGUUAUGUUAUAUCAAAAAACUGAGAGAGGAUUAGAAAAAAUUUUAGAAGCAAUUGAUGGAUCUAGAACAUCUUCAAUAUCAAGACAAAGUAUGUCUAACGAUUGUACUUUUGUAAAUAAUUUAACAAAAAAAAUGAAUUAUGAUAACAUUGAUGACAAUUCUAGUGAAAUGAUGUACAAAAAAAUAACUGAUUAUCAACUUAACAUAAAAGUUGAAGGUUUUGAUGAUUUAAUUGUGGUUUGUCCUAAACGUACAUGUAAUAAAUUACAUGCUCUUUCUCCAAUAAAAAAUGACACACGGUAUUGGAUUAUGUUAUCUGUAGUGUCAAAAAAGUUGAGCCACAUAAUAACUAUAAGAUCUCCUCUCAUGUUGAAAAAUGAUACAUCAUAUCCUUUGAUGAUUCAUUAUAACCACACAGAAGCAAUAGAUACCUUUGAAAUGGAUUCUGGAGUUGUAGAAGAGUCUGAUAAUCCUUUUGAAUCAAUAUGUUCUUUGGCAAUUCUUGAAGCUGGAUCAGUUUUUAAUGUACCAAUAGCUUUAGCAUAUCAUUCAAAACUGUUCUUAUCCCCUGCUAAUUUGCAGAAUUAUCUUGUUAGUGAUAGUGGUGUUUGGUGGCCAGAUUUAUCAAUUGAUACCAGUUACGCAAAAGAAUUAGUAUGUGCCACAUCUAAAGCUGACGAUCAACCAAAUUUUUCUGUUCGGGUUGUUUGUGAGGAAGGAGAACCAGUAUUUAAUCGUGCUUCAAGAUCAGUUCCUAAUUAUACACUAAGAGCAGUUCCACCAGUAGUCAUACAUAAUUUUCUCCCGUUUGCUAUAGAAUUCAGUUUCCCAAAUUUCAAGCACCACAUUGAAGCUUCUGAGAAAAUUGAUGUUUAUAUGUUAAAUAUUACACACAGGGUUUUAAAAACUGAUUUAAUUGUACCAUCAUAUCUUGGUAUAUCAUGGUCCGGAAGCUUUAGCUUACGAAAAGAUAUGAACGAAAAAACAGUUAACAUGAGCACUGAGCAUGAUACUGAUGGUGGUAACAAGCAUUUAAAAAUCGCAAUAAAAAUUACAAAUGAAGAUUCUUGUCGUAUUUUUAUACAUUCACCAUAUUGGGUCGUAAAUAAGACAGGAUUACCAUUACAAUUAAGAGGUUCACGAUCAGAUAUUGUGUAUGAAUCACACACUGAAGAACCAAUUUUGUUUUCAUAUAAAUGCUUAAAAAAGAGAUGCAUUAAACUUAGGGCAUAUCACUCAAAUUGGUCUUCAGCAUUUUCAAUGGAUACAGUGUACUGCCCGGGACUUGUAAUUUGUAAAGAUAAAGAACGACAGAAAAAAUAUAGAAUUUUAAUGAAGCCAAUUUUAUCUCAUCUAUGUCCUCACUUAACAACAAUUGUCACAUUUUUACCAAAUUUCUCUGUAGUAAAUUGUUCUAGCAGAAGCUUACGGUUCAUGGAGGAUAAUCAAGAAGCAGAUUUAUGGACAGACAUUUUACAAGGACAGACAUUACCGUUUUGGCCUGAAACUGAUUCAAUGAGGAUGUUUGUUAAAUUUCGAGAUAGCAAAUCCGGAUCACAACAUUUUUCAAUUACAAAAGAACAACAGACCGUUCUUAGAAUGGAUAGAGGACGAGCUCUUGUAGUUAAAAUAACAGGUGGUGGUGAAAAUCCGUUUUUAAUAAGUUUUCAUAAAUUUCGCCAAAAUGAUGCUCCAGUAAGAGUUGACAAUAUGUGUGAUGAGAUUUUUCUAAAAAUUCAUCAAAAAAAUUUGGGUCAAGUAUGUGUAACAUUACUAAGACCUAAUCAAUCUAUAUUAUACACUUGGGAUGAUCCUACUGAAGAACGUGUGCUUUACUGGAAUGCGUAUAGCAACAAAUCUAAAGGUUUUGUAGCAAAGCAUGAAAAAGAUGGAUUUGGACAGGAAAUAAUAAGUUUCCGUCAAAUCAAACCACCUGAAGCCGCAAAUAACAACUUAAAUUUAAUUAAAUUAAUUACAAAUCAACCUCCAGAACCCACUGGUACAAGUGAUGCUGAAACUUCGGAUUCUGAAGAGCAACAUUCUAAAUUAACUAAGACCAAGAAAGCUAAGGUUGUAAUUUACUGGGUUAGUUAUAUUGACGACGCAGGUCAAAGAGUAUUGCUAUUUACUCAAGACGAAAAAGCAGCGUCAACAGCACGUAAAAAUAUUGAAAACAAUAAAUCUAGUAUUGAUAUAAUUGUAUCCAUGGAAGGACUGGGAUUAUCUCUGAGUACUUCUCACGGUGUCCACAUUGAGGAAAUUGCUUAUGUUAGUUUAACAGAUUCAGCUUCUGAAUGGAUGGUGAGAGUAGGAAAUGUUUGGAAACCUUUUACAGUUGAACUCGCAUGUUGGUUAGAAGAUAUGUGGAAAAAUGACAAUAAAAAAGCACAUUUAAAAGAUUAUAUUCACGUGGAUUUUGAUAAAAUGCAAAUGAUAAAACCUUUCUUUGGGCAACUAAGUCGUUCGUAUAAUCCUGCUGCACGAGGCCGAUGUAAAAUGACUUCAAAAACUACUACUAUGUCCUUCAAAAUUCAUAGAAUACAAUUGGACAACCAGUUAUCGGAUUGUACAUUUAAAACUGCAUUGUAUCAAACUUCUGCGUGCAAGACAUCAUUUUUGGAAAUAUCAUAUACCAAAACAUUAGUUUCUAAUCAUUUAGAUGUUUACAAAUAUUUUAAUAUAAGCCUUCAAGAUUUUACACUACAACUUGAUAGAACAUUUGUGGUUAGUAUGCAUAAAACUUUAUCUCCAUUUCUGGCAGUUUUUGAUUGCCCAUUAGAUGCAAGAUUCAGACAAGACGUAAGUUCACUUCAUGCACCUAAUAUACCACCGGGGAGAAAGUCUGGAAAGGUGUUUGUCGAAUAUUUUCAUUGUUCUCCAUUUAAUGUACAAUUAAGUUUUUCGGCUAAAGUACCUGAACUUAGCCCGUUGAAAAGCUCCACUAGUUUUGCAACAGAUGCUCUUUUGUAUAUACUCGAUGGCCAUUCGAACCGCUUAAGUGAUAUAAAAGCCGUAAAUCUGAAUGUGAAUAGCUUAACACGAAAAGGACUUUAUAAAGACUCAUUUAACUCAAUGUUUGGUUAUGGAUUGAAAUAUUAUGCACGGCAGUUAUUAAAACAAUGUCAUGUUUCUAUUUUUAAUUUGGAUGUAUUGGAAAACAUUUAUGAAAUUGACGAGAUUCAAAUUGAAAAACUUAAUUUUGAUGAAUACUUAGGACCUUUUUUAUGUGAAGAACAAGGUUCAUUUACAUCCAUUGAAAGUGAAGAAAAAUGGAAUUUUGAGGAACCAUUGCCGGAGCGAAUGAUUUCUGCUCACAAAGGAACAGAAAUGUCUGUUUUGUUAUCUAUGUCUGGUGCAAUACAAAGACCUCAUAUUGGUGGAGAGGACGAGAGUGCUGCAGAAUCGUUCUUUAGAGGUCCUGGUCGGAACUUACUGGCAGUCCUGUCAAAAUCAAACGUUUCCGACAAGGUGUCAAUGGCUUAUGAUGGAGUUAAAAGAAUUAUUGAAUCGGGAGAAGAGGUAGUGAUGCGAACACGAAUUCCAAGAUAUGUCAAUCCAAUGGGAAUGAAAAGUUAUUCUAUGUAUGAAGCUGUUGGUCUACAUUUGUUUAAAAUGUUAAGCCGUUCUUUACCAAAUGAUGGUUAUUGGGCGCACGUGAGUUUCCUCCCAGAAGGGAAAAAAGUUCUACUUAUUACAUUAAGACGAGUAAUUUUAGCUGAAAAAUACCGUACUAAAGGGCCGUGGGAAAUUGAAUGGAGUAUUUAUAUUGAUAACAUUGUAGAUGUACCAACAAUUGAAGAAAAUAAAUUAAUUUUCAAAGUUCGACAAGAUGAACAUCAUUCGAGUUAUUUUUUCCGUGGAGAUGAAAAAUGUAUUGAAUACAACGAUAAAACAACAUUGAAAUGGAUUAAGAAUAAAAUUCAACAAGUUAUGGUUUUAGGAUAUGAGGAUAAACCUCUUAAUCCUUAAAUAGUAAUACUAGUAAUAUUAAUCAAAACGUAUACACAAAUAAUAUUAGAACAUAGUUUAGAAUAAUUUCUUAGAUAUAUGAAACGAUUUAAUUAUAUCAACAUUUAUUAUCGUUGAAUAAUAACAAUAUAGGUAUAAAUAAUCCAAAGUAGUAUACUUCUAUUGUUUUUUGAAAUACACUUGGUCAAAAAGUAUAAUCAAACAUUUUAACUAUAAUAACACAUAUUUAUGUACCUAUGUUUUCUAAAUUGACGAUAGUCAUUUCUUUAUCUUGUAUGUGUAUAAUUUACCUACCUGAACUUGAUGAACUUUAUGUGCGAAUUUAGUAUGUAUAUCCUAUUUAUUUUGUAUUAAAUAUUUAAGUAUUGAUGAAAAACCAUACCUAUCUAUAUUCUAUAUCUUAUAAUUUAUAAGCCCAAAGUUACUUUUAAU